UCCCUCCCUCAGCACCGCGCGCUCUGGUCCUCCUCUACGCGCUCUGGGUCUCGCCUCGGAGAAACUGCGGCGGAGAAGCUGGAAUCAACAAAAAGUUUUCGUCGAUUUGUUUUUUUUUUAAGAAGUAGCGGACUUUAGGGGGGUCCGGUGUGUUCGUGUUGUCUGGGGGGAACUGGGUGGUUCUGCUGUGUGUCGUUGAGUUCUCAGUUUUAAUCGCAGUUUGAUCAUGGAGACUCUCAGGGGGCUCCUUGCGCUGCUGUGCGUCCUCCUGGCUGGAGCGCAAACGAAUAACCAAAGAAACAAGUUUGCGGACUGUCCGGUGGAUCUUUACUUCGUGUUGGACACGUCUGAGAGUGUCGCCCUCAGACAGAAACCUCCCAACUAUUAUAUCAACCAGAUCAAGACUUUCACCAAGGACUUCAUAGAUCAACUCAAGGAAAUGCGCCACCGAUGUGACCGCGUCCUGACUUGGAACUCAGGAGCGCUGCACUACAGUGACGAAGUCAUCAUCGUACGAGAGCUGAGUGAAAUGGCCACACAUCGUCAGGACUUGAAGAAUGACAUCGACACCAUCAACUACAUCGGCAAGGGCACAUACACCGACUGUGCCAUCAAGAGAGGCCUUGCUGAGCUGCUCGUUGAUGGCUCCCACUACCACGAGAACAAGUACAUCGUGGUGGUGACUGAUGGUCAUCCCAUCACUGGGUACAAAGAGCCGUGUGGAGGCGUGCAGGAGGCGGCUAAUGAAGCCAAGCAACAUGGAGUCAAAGUGUUCGCUGUCGCCGUCUCACCUGACCAGGAGGAAACCAGGCUGUCAAUCAUCGCCACAGACCACCAGUACAGACAGAACUUCACCGCUGCAGACGACUCCAGAUCCACCAAGAUGGAAACCAUUCGAACCAUCAUCGAUAUGAUCACAAACAAGACAGAGGAUGUGUGUUGCUCUUUUGACUGCAAUGCUAAAGGAGGGGUUAAAGGACCAGACGGGCCGACUGGCGGAAAGGGAGAAACAGGUAGACCAGGAAUGCCAGGAGAGAAAGGAGAUAUUGGCGCGGAGGGUAACUUCGGAGAUUCUGGUCCUCCCGGUUACAAUGGAGAGAAGGGAGACCGCGGUUCCAUAGGAGGGAAGGGUGAUAGAGGAAACAAAGGCUACAAGGGAGACAAAGGUCACAGGGGAAAUGAUGGAGUGGAUGGACGCAAGGGUGAAGCUGGUUUCCCUGGUCUUGCCGGCUGUAAAGGAUCUCCCGGAUCAGACGGUCUGCAAGGAGAGCCAGGACCAAAGGGAGACCCCGGUCCGUACGGACUGAAAGGAGCAAAAGGAGAUGGUGGAAAAGACGGCGAACCAGGAAGGUCUGGAAACUAUGGACCUCUGGGACUUACGGGUGGCCCGGGCCCUCGCGGAGCUGAUGGGGACAAAGGAGAGCGUGGGGAUGAUGGCGCGCCUGGAACGGAUGGAUCACGCGGCGAGAGAGGACAAGUUGGAGAGAAGGGGGAGCAAGGUUCCCGUGGAAACAGAGGGACUAGAGGAGAAGGGGGGGAGCCAGGACCCCGUGGAGAGCAGGGAAGGGAGGGCUCAACUGGCCCCAACGGAGACCCUGGUGAGCCUGGCAGGACCGGAUCUCCUGGCUACAGAGGAGAUGAAGGCUCCCCUGGACCUGAGGGACCCAAAGGACCGAGAGGAAUCAAAGGAGCUCCGGGAGACAGAGGCCAGCUGGGGGAGAGGGGAGAAGAUGGUGUCCCAGGAAAUGGCACUGCAGGUUGUCAUGGUUUCCAGGGUUAUCCUGGGCCUCGCGGAGACGCUGGUGAGACGGGUGGCAAAGGAACUCCUGGACCCAAAGGAGAUGAUGGAGAGCCCGGAGACCCAGGCCCCGAUAACAACCAACCAGGACCUUCAGGAUCCAAAGGGGCCAAAGGUCACAGAGGACCUGAGGGCAAUCCGGGACCUUCUGGGCCUCCUGGACCACCAGGAACUGAUGAAUGUGAAAUUCUGGAUAUCAUCAUGAAGCUCUGCUCUUGUUGUGAGUGUAAGUGUGCACCUCUGGACCUGGCAUUCAUUGUGGACAGCUCAGAGAGUAUCGGUUCCACAAACUUUGCUCUUGCCAAAGACUUCAUCAUCACAGUCAUAGACAGACUGAUUAAAGACCAGCAAGUCAAGUUUGUAGGCAACGAGUCCCGGGUGAGCGUAGUCCAGUACAGUGGAUCAGAAGCUCAAGAAGCUGUUACCAGCAUCUCCAACAGCCUCACCAAUUUUAAACAGAAGGUGAGAGACUUGAAGUGGCUGGCCGAGGCCACAUACACAGGCGAGGCCCUUGAAUAUGCUCUGAAAAACACAAUCCAAAUGAUGAGGACAGAGAACCGAGUUGUUCUCGUCCUCACUGACGGACGCUCCGAUAUUUCCAGGGACAAGGUUCCCCUUAACGUACUCUGUGGUAAUAACAUCCGGGUGGGUGGUUUAGGAGUGAAGGACUACUCAGGUCGUCAGCCCAACCAGGAGCAGCUCGGAGAUGUGGUGUGUAAAAGUGACCCCAAACCAGGCUUCUCCUUCGUCCUGGAGAACUUUGCUGAGCUCCUGGAUGACACUUUCUUGCAGAACCUUACAUCCAAAAUCUGUCAAGAUAAGAAAUGCCCAGACUACAAAUGUCCCAUCACUUUUACUCAAGCUGCUGAUAUUUUGGUGAUGAUGGACAGCUCAGCCAGUGUGGGCCAGAAGAACUUUGAGACAAGCAAGACCUUUGUCCGGCGCCUGGCCGAUCGUUUCCUGACCGCAAAGAAAAACGCGGGUGCUACUGUCAGAGUGGGUGUGGCCCAGUAUAGCCGAAGUGCCCGCAUGGAGCAGGGGCUGACCACCAAUUUCACCCUGCUGUCUCAUAAAGUUGAAGAGGCCGCCUACCAAAAUGAUGGCACCAAUGUCUUAGAGGCCAUGGACUUUGCUGUUAAGAAUUUACGAGGCCGUGGGGAUGCAUCGGGAGGCAUCAAGAAGCUGGUGCUGUUCUCUGAUGGCAGGUCUCAGGACAUCACCGGGCUUAAGCUGGAUGUCCGCAAGGUGGCAGACGCAGGGGUGGAGCUAUAUGUUAUUGCUGUUGGCAGCCAGGUCAAUGAAGUCAACUUGCGCACACUGGCGAGCGGGGGGCGGCAGGACGACAUCAGCUACGCCCAGCGCCACAUGAUCCGUGUCCCAGAUUACCCCUCUCUGCUCCGCGGUGUCUUCGCCCAGACCGUUUCCCGCAGGGUGUCCAUGCCCUAAAUGCAGGGCCCCAAACAACAGGACCAACGUGCUUUAGAUUUUUAAUCCCAUUACGAAUAAUCAGUCUCACUCAUUUACUUUACACUGUGUUCAAGUACUAAAAAAAUGUCACAAAGACAAAUGAUUGUGUGGCAGACAAAUGGAAAUGUCUCCAUCAAAUCUCCAUGGGACUUUUUUACCCUGAGUAGAGCCUCCAAUGAAGACCAUCUCAGGCUGUGUACCAAUUCAACCAUCUAUGUUUAAAUAAUUAUCCAAUAACCCAAGUGAUUCUACGAUUUUAGAGUUUUAGAGGUUGACGUGACAACAAACAGUUGAAGGGAACUAUUGGGAGGUAAAGGUCAGGGUGAAAAUGUCCCAUAAAGGAUUACUUCAGUCCUGAGGUCUCUCCAGGACUGGAGCUCCUUCCAAUUGAAGGCUUGUGUUUCGGGUCUAAUGUGGAGUUAUUUUCGUAGCUCUUACCACUCUUUCAAGAGGUGCCUGAUGUGUAGUCUCACACUUUUUCAUCUUAAGAACACAAAUGAACCAACCAGAGGUGUGAACGUAAAAAUUCAAGAUACAAAUCCUUUGGUGAGUGACUGCUGUAACUAAAUGUCAGCUAUAUUUUCGGUUUUGCUGUCAUGAACCUUAUGGAAAGAUGAGUUAGAAAUGUCAUAACAUGUACAGGACUCAGUGAUAACCUACACCCGACAUCACUUGAAAGGAGACCAAACCGACUGGGGAAACCGGAUGUGACAUCAGGCAGACACAAACAAAAAAUCCAUCAGAACUUCAACCAGGUAGUGAUUAGGAUGCAACAGCUGGAUUCAACAUGUGUGAGUCUGUCCGAGUGUGUGUCUGCGUGUGUGACAUAUAGGUGUUUGGCGGUGAGGUGUUUUUUGUAGCCCCGGGCGAUUGCUCUAUAAACAGUUGUGCAGGGGUCAGUGGUUCAAAAGACAGAAUGACAGAAACCUGUUCUUUAGUGUCUGUGCAACACAUCAGCCUCUGUCAAACACACACACGUACACACACAUCUUUGUACUUAAUCAGUAAGGUAGGAAAACAUCUGUCAUAGUUGGAGACUGGAAAACAAAUCUAAAGGGACUGAUGCUGCGAGUCCCUCACACCCGCAAACACACACACACACUAUUUAGUUCCUCUCAACUGUAAAUUCUAGACCUUAAAUGUUGUCAUUAGUGGCCCAGGGCUGCUGUACUGUUGUUGUUAUCUGUGGUGCUAUUAGUCUCAGUGUAUCAACCUCUACCCAUGAUGUAAAAGAAGAUAUUUGUCCUGAGGAUACACAGCCUCAGUAGUGUUGUAAGAGCUCCUUCAAUAAAGGUUGCUACACUAAA